AUGGCAGCUGCACUUUACAUUCUUCUUCUCUUUCAUUUCAUUCAUCAAACCAAUUCAUUGAGUUUUUCAUACACAGGAUUCAACCAGUCGAAUCUCGAACUACAAGGAUCCGCCCAAGUUACUCAACCCUUCGGCGCCUUAAGACUCACCGACUUUUCAAAAAACGUAAUCGGCCAUGCGUUUCACCCAUCUCCAAUGAAAUUCUUCACCAAAAACUCUUCAACUUCAUCCCCAAUCAACGUUUCAUCCUUCAGCACAUACUUCAUCUUCGCCAUCGAUUCUCCAGACGCUCCACACGGCGGUUUCGGUUUCGCCUUCACUCUUUCUCCUCAAAAGGAUUUCCCCGGAGCUGAACCCGGUCAUUACAUGGGUAUCUUCAAUUCAACAAACGACGCCGAGGAUUCAAACCACAUUCUAGCCGUCGAAUUCGACACUGUUAAUGGACUCAACGAGGGUUCGGAUACAGACGGUAAUCACAUCGGGAUCAACGUCAAUGGAAUGGAUUCAAUCGCGUCUGAGCCUGUUGCGUAUCUUCCGUCCAAUGAUUCGGACAAGAAGGAGGAGUUUUCAAUGGAAUCUGGCGAUCCGAUUCAAGUAUGGAUUGAUUUCGACGGAGAUACCAAUUACCUUAACAUAACAAUCGCUCCUCUUAACGUUUCUAAGCCUAGACCUCUGAAAUCUAGAAAAGUCAAUUUACCUGGUUCACUUCUAGAGGAAAUGUAUAUUGGAUUCUCGGCGGCGACAGGGCAUAAGACGAGUUCUCAUUACAUCCUUGGAUGGAACUUUACCACAGAAGGAACCGCGCCCCCCAUUGAUAUUUCCAAUCUACCCUUCACGCCCAAAACGAAGAAACGCCGCACAGGUUUGAGUUCUACUGUGAAAGCCCUUCUCGGUGCAUUAUCUAGUUCGAUAGUUUUGUUAUUCGGAGCUCUUGCUUAUUUCAUUGUUUAUCAAAGGAGAAUGGGUGAAUUCGAUCGUUUGGAAGAUUGGGAAAUGGAUUACCCACAUAGGUUUAAGUACAAAGAUCUACAUUUAGCAACAAAAGGGUUCAACGAAACAGAGCUAAUUGGAACGGGGGGAUUCGGUUCGGUUUACAAAGGUGUUUUACCUAGUUCGGGGUCGGAGGUCGCGGUUAAGAAGAUUCGUAACGAUUCGGUUCAAGGGAUGAGGGAAUUCGUCGCGGAAAUUGAAAGUUUAGGCCGUCUAAGGCAUAAGAACUUGGUGAAUCUUCAAGGUUGGUGCAAGAGGAAGAACAAGCUAUUACUUAUCUAUGAUUAUAUCCCAAGAGGGAGUCUCUAUACUUUAUUACUCAAGCCUAGGGUUGGAUGCAUCCUUAGAUGGGAUCAACGGAUGAGAAUCAUGAAUGACGUGGCGGCGGGGCUAUUGUAUCUCCACCACGAGUGGGAGCAAGUGGUGAUUCAUCGCGACGUGAAAGCUAGCAAUGUCCUUAUUGAUCGCGACAUGGGAGCUCGCUUAGGCGAUUUUGGCCUCGCGAGGUUGUAUAGCCACGGGCAGAACUCUCACAACACGAAAGUUGUGGGGACAAUAGGGUACAUUGCUCCCGAGUUGGCGAAAACCGGGAGUUCUUCAACCAGCUCGGAUGUGUUUGCCUUUGGGGUAGUUGUACUUGAGAUUGUUUGUGGACGUGGUCCUAUCAUUUAUGAUGUGGAUCACGAUCAUAUGAUGUUGGUGGAUUGGAUAAUUGAACAUCUUCAAAGGGGCGAAACGGAUAUGAUUGAUUUUGUUGAUACUAGAUUGGGAGGAGAAUAUGACUCUGAAGAAGCGAGGAAAGUUUUGAGACUCGGCCUUGUUUGUUGUCACCCGGAUGCAAAAUCUAGGCCUAGUAUGAGACAAGUAACGCGUUACCUUGACGGAGACGAUUCGAUUCCUAGGAUCGAGGAAGAUUUGCGCUAUGCAAUCUCUAUAUAUGCUUAUGGAUCGAUGAGAAGCCAAUUAGGGUCGGCAAUUUCAACCGAUGAUAAGUCAUCUCCUCUUGAGGAUGUCUCUUUUAAUUCAUUAGAAAUUGGGAGAUAGAUAGUUUAAUGAAUGAAUUAAUCCCCUAUGUAGGUUAUUCUCUUGUAAACUAUUUGUACAUAUGUAAUAACAUUGAAGUUAUUGCUUUAAAGUUAUAUUUUAUUUAA